CACAGGGCAUAGAAAACGCUGGAAGGGCGGGGAGCAAGGAGGACCCACGUUAAUUAUUACCAGGCGGCGGCCGGAUCUCUGCUCCGCCCCCGCGGGUGGCCUCCUGCCUGCCGGCUGCCUCUCCCUCUCUGCCGCCACCUGCUACCAGCACUGGACAUGGCUGGCAAGGCACACAGGCUGAGUGCUGAGGAGCGGGACCAGCUGCUGCCAAAUCUGAGGGCUGUAGGAUGGAAUGAACUGGAAGGCCGAGAUGCCAUCUUCAAACAGUUUCAUUUUAAAGACUUCAACCGGGCUUUUGGCUUCAUGACAAGAGUGGCCCUGCAGGCUGAGAAGCUGGACCACCACCCCGAGUGGUUUAACGUGUACAACAAGGUCCACAUCACCUUGAGCACCCACGAGUGUGCCGGUCUUUCAGAACGGGACAUAAACCUGGCUAGCUUCAUCGAACAAGUCGCUGUGUCUAUGACAUAGACCUGUCCUUUUUUAAAAUUUCCUGGCG